AGCCCGGCGUGCCCAGCUCGCAGCAGGCCUGGAGGAGGCGGCGCUCCGGGCUCCCCCGGGCCGGGCCGCAGCAGAACCGAAAGCGGCGGGCGCGGGGAGGCGGGGGAGAGGAAGGAGGGGCGGGCGCCGGGGGAGCUGGGCGAGGUGGCGCGCGGAGGGCCGGGAAUGCCCGCGGCGCGGGGCCCGAGCCGCCCGGUGGCCGCGUCCGGGCGAUGGCUCUCCGUCUGGUCUCCGACUUCGACCUGCGGAAGGACGUGCUCCCGUGGCUGCGGUCGCAGCGGGCGGCGUCGGCGGCCGCCGGGGCCCGAGGCGGCGGCCCAGGUGUUUUGGAAAAUAAUUAUGAGAGCUUACGUAUACUAAAUGUUGAAAGAAAUGAAAAUAUUAUUUAUACCUACAAGGAUGAUAAGGGAAAUGUCUUCUUUGGAUUGUAUGACUGCCGAACCAGACAAAAUGAGCAUCUCUAUACAUUUGAGAAAGACUUGCACGUUGUCAGUUGCUCUGUCAACAGUGAGAGAACUUUGCUUGCGGCAAGUUUAGUUCAUUUUACUAAAGAAGGAAGAAAGAACGAGCUUCAACCAGGAUCAAAGUGUUUAACUUUGUUGGUUGAAAUCCACCCUGUAAACAACGUGAAGGUUCUAAAAGCCGUGGAUAGCUACAUUUGGGUGCAGUUUCUCUACCCACAUGUGGAAAGUCACCCUCUUGCAGAGAACCAUCUGUUACUGAUUUCAGAAGAGAAAUAUAUUGAAAAGUUUCAUAUCCAAGUCAUCCAAGAAGAUGGAAAUAGAGUGGUACUUAAAGACUCUGGCCAUCUCCCAAGAGAGAGGGUAGCUGAGGAUUUUGUUUGGGCUCAAUGGGAUAUGUCAGAGCAGAGAUUAUACUACGUUGACCUGAAGAUGUCAAGGAGUGUCUUAAAAUGCAUCCAGUUUUCUGCUGAUGGAAAGUUUAACUUAAUGUUUGAAGCACCCUUGGAUAUAACAUUAAGUGACUCAGGAUUUAAACUUGUAAACUUUGGAUGUGAUGAUCUUCAAGACCAAAAGAACUUAUCCAAACACCUGACCCUGUGCGUUUUUACCAACCAUACAGGCACUUUGUGUGUAUGUUACAGUCCGAAGUUUGACUCUUGGGGAAAAAUCACGUAUACAGUGUUUUACUUUCAUAAAGGGCACAGCAAGACCUUCACUGCUGCUCUAAGGAGUGUAGACUCACAUGUGACUAAGGGCCUUACUUUUCUCAACCUUGACUAUUACGUGGCUGUUUACUUACCUGGUCAUUUCUUUCAUUUACUUAACAUUCAACAUCCGGACCUGAUCUGCCACAGUUUAUUUCUGACAGGAAACAAUGAAGUGGUUGACAUGCUACCUCAUAGCCCUUUACAGUCACUCUCAGGGUCCCUGGUACUGGAUUUGUGUUCUGGAAAGCUCUACAGGGCAGUCCUCAACCAGUCCUAUUUAUUACAGUUCCUAUGGAACACUCAGCUAGACUGUGAGAAGAUGGCCGUGUUGCACUGUGUCCUCUCCUGUGGCCGAGACCCCCAGUUCCUGGAAGCCAAGCUUAUUCAGUGGAUUUCUGAGAACGUCUCUGCCUGCCAUUCAUUUGACCUCAUUCAGGAAUUUAUAAUUGCUUCUUCAUAUUGGAGCAUAUAUCCAGAGACAAGUAACAUGGAUAAACUUUUGCCAUAUUCCUCAGUGUUCGCUUGGGAUACAGAAAUUCCUGGAAUAGCCCUUGUGACGGAAGAGAUCCCAUUGCCUUUCAUGAAGGUGCACAGCUUUAAGGGCUACUGGGAAAAACUGAACUCCAACCUAGAAUAUGUGAAGUACUCCAAGCCACGCCUGCUGUAUGACAACAGCAUGAUCCGGAAAGAAUGGCACAGCCUGAUCUCAGAAGAGAAAACCGGAAGAAGAAGGUCUAUGGUGUACAUGAGGAAUAUUCGUGAAAAUGCAAUGAAGGUGAUUUCUAACCUAGAAGCGAGGAAUUUGGAGCCAAGAUUAACACCCCUCUUCCAGGAGGAAGACAACCACCAGAGGCUGCUGAUGGGGCUGAUGGUGUCUGAGCUAAAAGACCAUCUUUUGAGACACCUACAGGGUAUAGAAAAGAAGAAAAUUGAACAGAUGGUUCUGGACUACGUUUCAAAACUGCUGGAUCUCAUUUGCCAAAUCCUGGAAACCAGCUGGAGGAAACACCAUCUUCACCCCCAGCUUCUCCACUGCAGGCGGGCCAGUGCUGCUGAAUUUACAGUCUUUCACCUCAUGACCAGGAUUCUGGAAGCUACUAGAACUUUGUUUUUACCUCUGCCUCCUGGUUUCCACACUCUGCAUACAAUGCUCGGCGUCCACUGCCUCCCCUUGCAUAACCUGCUGCAUUACUUCGAUAAUGGGGUGUUGCUUCUCACUGAAACAGCUGUCACAAGGCUCAUGAAAGAUCUGGACAAUUCAGAGAAAAAUGAAAAACUAAAAUUCAGCAUCAUUGUGCGGCUUCCCCCGCUUAUUGGUCAGAAGAUCUGUCGCCUUUGGGAUCAUCCUAUGAGUUCUAACAUCAUUUCCCGGAACCACGUGAGGGUACUGCUGCUGAACUAUAAGAAACAGCCCCGGAGUUCUAUGAUUGACAAAUCGCCAGGCAGUGUGGAGUUCCUGCCCCUGAACUACUUCAUUGAAAUACUGGCAGAUAUAGAAUCUUCCAAUCGAGCUCUGUUAGCUUUUGAAGGACAUGACAAUGUGGAUGCAAAAUUUGUGGAGGAAGCAGCUCUAAAACACACCACAAUGCUCUUAGGCUUAUAAAAAAGAACAUGCAGUUGUAUCUGCUUCCGAUGUUUCAGUCUUGCUCAUUAGCUUGACUUCCGGCAAGAGUCCUUUACCAAUAUUUACAAUUGGUAACCCAAAUCAGAAUACAUUGUUAAGCCAUCUGAAUUUCAGUCUGGUACUCAUUCAGGCAGAACUAAACUACUAAACCUCACCCUGGCUUUCAAAAGCAGACAAGCCAUCAAGUGGACAGGGGUGACAGAACAGUCUGAGAAGCAUGACAUGUCCUCAGGGCUGACUUACCGGCUUAUCUUCCUAAUGACUUCAUAGGCUCAAAGCGACUUUGUACUCACUUUUGCACUCUGAAAUAAAAUAUGCUUUAAAAAAUGUAGGGGACAGUGCUUAGAAGAACAAAAACUAGAUGUGUCACUGAAGAUAACACAUGAGAAACAGAAAAAUUCGUUACGGAAGGACUGUAUUUGGAAAGAGGAUACUUUUCCAAGAACUGAACUGGGAACUGGGAACUUGGACUGGGUCAAAUCUGGCUAUAUCCAGUAAUGGGUAAUUUGUCCCAUACAGCAGUGUACAUAACGGCCUGAAGAGUAGGAUUUGUCUUUGUGAUGGAACUGUGCUGUAAUAUGUUAAAGUUUUUUUGUAUUUAUAAAAAUUUGAUUUAGUGAUAUCUUGACAUUAAAAAAAAAAAAACAAAAAACACUGAAGGUUUUGGCCUGACUCUCAUUUUUUGAACAUAGUCCUUUUAUUCCAGCCAGGAAUCAUGAGCCCACAAGCAUGUUCUGUCUCUGAGGCCCCCAAGGACACCUAACUAGUUCUCCCCCUUUUCUUUUUUCUUCCCCCUCUCUUUUAUAGUGCUUCAUUCUGACCCAUAAUGGUGGUCGCUUGCCUGACUCAGCCCGUGCCCUUUGCUUUUCUCUCUUCACAGUUUCUCACAGGGAACUUGCGGAAUUGUCAUGAUUCUGAAUAUCACUAGGUAGUACAGUCAUUCAACCUCUCUUCCAAAAAACAUACUUGUGUCCCCAAAACUGCCCUCUCCUACAGAAUUUCCCUUUUUGGUCAAAUAUGUAGUUGUCACAGAGGCUCAAAAUAUCAGAGCCCUGUCAGCAUGUUAGACUCUCUUCUCUUGAGAAGAUCAUUAUUUUUCACCCCCUACCCUUUCAUACUUGCGUUGUUAUGCUGUCUUUCUGAAGUCCCUGUCGUCCAACUUAUAUUGAAACUGGUCCUGUCGCUCUUCUGCUCACAGCCAUUUGUUACAGGAUAAGACCCAAACUCCUCCACAUGCAGGGCUUCCUAAAUCCCAGCCUGACACGGUUCCCCCAACAUGAACAUGCUGUUCCAGCCAGGGCAGUUCGCUGGGCUUGAACAGCUUUUGUCUUCUUACUUCCGAGCCUGGCUCAGGCUAUUUCCCCCAUCUGGAAGUCCCUCCCCACUUACUGAAAUCUUAUAUAUGUUUAAGGGCAGAUAAACCGGUCCAUCAGUCUGUGACUCCCCACCAUGCCGGCACACGGUGGCCCCUUCUGUGUGCACCAGUAGCACAGACUGUAAUACUUAAACAUUCAUCCCUUUCUGUUAAAAAAUUAUAUUUCCAUUCUUACAUCAUUCCUAUAGGUCUAUUUUUUGGAUCUCUGCAACCCGGGAACUGUGUUAAAUAAAGUAUGCAGUGUUUCUUUGUGUUAAUCACACUGUUAUUUAUCAUGGGCACUAUGCUUUUUAAUAACUUUAUAAAACAACCAACUUAGAUUCAGGACUGACUUGGAGGCUGAGGAUGAGAUUAAAUUUCCCUCCAUUCUGGCAGGAUGGGGGCUUGAAACAGAUUAUGUUUCAUUUAGAAAAAAAAAAAGAAGAAGGAAUGUGGUAUUUCUCACUUCCAGAAUUGUGACACAAAAUC